AUGAACUACUCCGACUACGACUCUGACGGAUACUCGUCUAAUGAAGACGCAGAUUACGUCCCCUCAGAUGGAAGCCUUAGUGAAGAUGAUAUAAAUGAAUGUGAGAAAGAAGAUCCCCUGAACGAGGAUGAUGAGGUGCCACAUCCUGACGGUGUUCAAAAGGGCAAAAAGAAAAAGAAGGACAAGACGCUGAGCCGAAAGAGGAAAAAGGGGAUUUUUAAAGUGGAAGACAAAGAUAAAGUUGAAGAGCCCGAUCAACCUUCAAAUGAAGAAACGCCCCGUCAGCUGCGGCAGGAGGAAGAGGAGGUCAAACAGAAGAAAAAGUCAGACGACCUCUGGGCUAGUUUUCUGUCUGAUGUUGGUUCUAGGCCAAAACAGAGCACAGCAGCCACGGACUCCGCCGCCACUCCCAAGGAUGACAGUCAGUCCCUCACAGUCACAACAGAGUCCCCAAAAAUAGCAACAAAAUCCCCUGAACCUGCAAAAGUCACCAUAACACAAGUGUUUGAUUUCGCUGGGGAAGAAGUCAGGGUGAACAAAGAGGUGGCAGCAGACUCUCGAGAAGCCAAGAGUUUCUUAAAAAGUCAGACAUCUGCAGAGGAGAACAAAGAAACAAAUGAGAGUUCUUUAAGAGAGAGUUCAUCUACUGCUUCAAGCGGUGUGAAAAGAGCACCGGGUUUAUCUGGAAUUUUGGGUCGCAUUGGAGGCAAGAAGCAGAAGAUGAGCACACUAGAAAAAUCCAAGAUGGAUUGGGAUGCGUUCAAAUCCGAGGAAGGCAUCAGUGAAGAGCUGGCUAUCCACAACAGAGGCCGAGAGGGCUAUGUGGAGCGAAAGAACUUCUUGGAGCGCGUUGACCAUCGACAGUUUGAGAAAGAAAAAACAGCAAAAGGAGGAGCGUCGGAGCAGAGCGCGGAGGGAGGAAGCAGCCACCGGCCUCUCCACGCACUGCAGAGCCGGAGGACCGUGAUUCCUCUCCCGCAUGUCUACAUCCUCUCUACGGCGCUGAGCAUGGCGUGGAGGACCACGGGCUGA